GUGUUUAUAUAUUCCUCGUUUUGCACACAUGCUUGAGUUUGGGGAUAAGAACCACGAGGUGUCCAUGACGGCUCUCAGGCUGUUGCAGAGAAUGAAGCGGGACUGGAUGCACACCGGUCGCCGGCCCUCCGGGCUCUGCGGAGCAGCUCUGCUAGUGGCAGCAAGAAUGCAUGAUUUCCGACGUACUGUUAAAGAGGUCAUCAGAGUGGUCAAGGUUUGUGAGUCUACAUUAAGGAAAAGGUUGACAGAGUUUGAAGAUACACCAACAAGUCAGCUAACCAUAGAUGAAUUUAUGAAGAUUGACUUGGAAGAAGAAUGUGAUCCUCCUUCAUUUACAGCUGGUCAAAAAAAAUUGAAGAUACAGCAGCUUCAGAAGGCAUUAUCAAAAAAGCUGGAGGAUUUUGAAGGUGAAAUAUCGAGCUAUCAAGAUGAAAUAGAGAUUGAAUUAGAAAACAGUAGACCGAAAGCAAAAGGCGUAUUUGCAAAUUUCACUAAAGAUGACUCUAUAGAAGAUAGUACCUCUAGCAUACUUGGAGACGAGGAGGCAGAAGAUGAGGAACUGGAAGCAGCUGCUAAUCACUUAAACAAGGACUUUUAUAAUGAACUUCAUGAGAAAGAUAGAGGAAAAAAAAAUGAAGAUGGGGAAUGCAAAAAUGGAAAUGAAGCUUUUGUAAGACCACCCGCACUGGAAUCCUUGCUUGGCCCACUCCCCACUGCAGCUAGUCUUGGCAUAACAGAGUCCAUAAAAGAGUGCAUAUCCACUAAGGACCAAGAACCUGGUGAGAGCACAGGAGAUGGUGAAUUAGAUCUGAGUGGGAUCGACGACAGUGAAAUAGAUCGGUAUAUACUUAACGAAACAGAAGCUCAGAUAAAAGCAGAGCUGUGGAUGAAAGAAAAUGCAGAUUAUUUGAAGGAACAAAAAGAAAAGGAAGCAAGAAUAGCAAAAGAGAAAGAACUUGGGAUUUAUAAGGAACACAAGCCAAAGAAAUCUGCAAAGAAGCGGGAGCCAAUUCAAGCCAGCACAGCAGGAGAGGCAAUUGAAAAGAUGUUAGAACAGAAGAAAAUUUCAAGUAAAAUUAAUUAUAAUGUGCUAAGGGACCUGAACAGCAAAGGAAGUAACACACCAAAGAAAGAGGAUGACAGCACUGAUGACAGCACCAACACCAAGAAGCUGUCAAGAAGAAAAUCUAUUGCCAGUAGGAAUAUAGCCAACCCUGUAAACAGUGUGGGAAAAAG